UCCUAAUCUAUGGACAAUUCGUGGGCGACAGAAGAGAAAUAUCGCAGAAGAGAAGGCGUGACAUGAGAUAAAACUUAUCAAUUCACGGCGGAUCACGACGGACAUUUGUCAAGAAGACUCGACGAACUGCUUUUAAAUAGCGGUUUCGGUGGUCUUGCGUGUGGUGUAACUGUUUGUGACUCUUCCCUUGCGAUUGUUUCCCGAAAAUUUCGUUCGGCAAGCGCGAUGGAAACGUACGAAAGCGUCCUUCUGGUGAAAUCUGAGAUUUUCGUCUUCAAAAUCCCGCCAAGGUCAACCAACAGGGGUUAUCGGGCGGCUGAUUGGAACCUGCAGGAACCUUCGUGGACUGGUCGUAUGCGAUUAGUGUCACAGGGAGAUAACAUAAUGAUAAAGCUGGAGGAUAAGAUUACGGGUGAAUUGUUUGCCAAGUGUCCUAUCGAGCAGUAUCCUGGAAUAGCGGUAGAACCAGUUACCGACUCCUCACGAUACUUUGUCCUGAGAAUUCAGGAUGAUAAUGGACGAUCAGCCUUUAUAGGUGUUGGCUUCUUAGACAGAUCUGACAGUUUUGAUUUGAAUGUCGCUCUUCAGGAUCAUUUCAAAUGGUUAAAGAAUCGAGAGCAGAUUGAGAAAGAAAAGGAAAAACCAAAACAGGAAUUAGAUCUUAGAUUCAAGGAAGGUGAAACUAUCAAGAUUAACAUGAAGAUCACUAAAAAAGAUGGUAGUGAGGUUUCAUCUAAAUCCAAACAACGUACUGGCGCGGUUACGGGUUUGCCACCUCCUCCAGGUGGUGUCAAGAUUGCUCCUCCACCAGCAAAAACUCCUACUUCCUCACCAGCGCACAAACCACAACAGAGUCAGAAUCAAGAUGUUACAAGUUCUGAGUGGGGUGAGUUUGCCAGUGCUUCUCAGCCAGCAUCAGCAUCCACACCUACAGUACCCAAUGCAAGUUGGGUACAAUUCUAACUUUAAAAUUAUAUGUAUAGAUAUUUUAUUAUAUAUAGAGUAAUUUUGAAACAGAUGGUCAAAUUUUAAAUCCCAAUAUAUUAUCAAAAUUUGUCCACCUAUUUUUGAAUCACCAUAUAUAUUAAAAUAGCUAAAAUAAUCGAUUAUACAAUAGAUACACAAGAGUGAUUGUAUUGAAACAACAUAUGAAUAGUAGAAAUCUUAUGUAUGUAUGUGUAUGUAUGCAUGUAUAUAUGAAUGAAUGUAUGUAUAUGCAUAUGUUAAGUAUGUAUCUUAGUACUAUUUUAGUACUAUAGUGUGAGAUAAAAAUUAUAGCAGCAUGAAAAGGGAAACUUAUUGCGAAAAAUUUUAGUACUUAUAAAUAUUAUUCAAGUUUGUCUCAAUUGCUUUUGGACAUCCAAUGUAUCUAGAUAUACAAUUUUUACAUGUGUAAAUGUUGAUAUUAAAGAUGUAUUUAGUGCCUUGUAUAAACUAGUCCAGUAAAUCAACUGCAGUAUAAAUUAGAAGUAAAUUUGAGCCAGACACUGCAAUAAUUAACACUAUCCGUUCAGUACUUACAAGAGAAGACAUAUUUUUUCAAUUUAUGAUCAAUAAUAAUUCAUAACAAAUUAUUUUCCAGUUUAUAUUUAAUUGUCCGACUUUUACAAAUUAUAUUAAUGCCAUACUAAAGUCUCUUCUAGCAAAAAAAUAGAAGGGAAAAGAUACUUCAAUUGCUAGAAAUUUCAGUAUUAAUAUAAAUUAUAAAAUUUGUCGAAUAAUUAGACACAAAGUGGAGAUUAAUUUUAAAAAAUUGGCA